ACGUAACCAUUUCAGAAUCACUCUUCUCUUCUUAAUUUUCUUCAGUCUCCAGUUCAACUCCCUUCGAUCUUUACCUGUCAUUGAGAAAGAUUUCGACUUUCGUGGAAUGCGAAGUGGGAUUAAUGGAGGAUUAGAGUACCUCGCCUUGUUCUCUCCGGCACCUGAGUUGGUGGCUUGUGGAAGCUGGUAAUGCCGGAGGGAGGAGUGUAGAAGACUCUGCUGAGGAGGCCGAGGAGUCGGAGGAAAGGAGAGAGAGGCGUCGGUUCUGCUAAAGCUACAUAUUUUUUGGUGGUUUGCUUUUUUAUUAGGGUUUUUUGAGAUGGCUAUGGUGGUUAGCGCGAAGGAGGCGGGGAAGCAGCAGAUGGACGCUGGGAAGUACGUUAGGUACACGCCGGAGCAGGUGGAGGCGUUGGAACGGGUUUACAGCGAGUGUCCAAAACCUAGCUCGAUGAGGAGGCAGCAGCUUAUAAGGGAGUGCCCAAUACUCGCUAACAUCGAGCCCAAGCAGAUCAAGGUCUGGUUUCAAAACCGCAGAUGUCGAGAGAAGCAGAGAAAAGAAUCCUCUCGUCUUCAGACUGUUAAUAGAAAAUUGACCGCCAUGAACAAGCUGCUAAUGGAGGAAAAUGACCGGUUGCAGAAGCAGGUUUCUCAGCUUGUUUAUGAGAAUGGCUAUAUGCGUCAGCAGGUUAAUACUACAUCUGUGGCUACCACAGACACAAGCUGUGAGUCUGUGGUGACAAGUGGUCAGCACCAUCAGCAGCAAAACCCAACGCCUCAGCAUCCACCAAGGGAUGCUAACAACCCAGCUAGUCUACUCGCAAUUGCUGAGGAGACCUUAGCAGAGUUCCUGUCUAAAGCCACAGGAACUGCUGUUGAAUGGGUUCAGAUGGUUGGUAUGAAGCCUGGUCCGGAUUCUAUUGGAAUCAUUGCUGUUUCCCACAAUUGCAGUGGUGUAGCAGCCCGAGCUUGUGGCCUUGUGAGUUUAGAACCCACGAAGGUCGCGGAGUUACUCAAAGAUCGUCUAAAUUGGUAUCGCGAUUGUCGAUCCCAUGAUGUGUUAACGGUUAUCCCUGCUGGAAAUGGUGGUAAUAUUGAACUUAUUUAUAUGCAGACAUAUUCUCCUACUACUCUGGCAUCUGCACGAGAUUUUUGGACUCUUAGGUAUACUGCAGGUUUAGAAGAUGGCAGCCUGGUGAUCUGUGAGAGGUCCUUAACUCCUUCAACUGGCGGUCCAGCUGGGCCCCCGGCUGCUAAUUUUGUCAGAGCUGAGAUCCUUCCAAGUGGUUAUCUGAUACGACCCUGUGAGGGUGGUGGUUCAAUGAUUUACAUUGUUGAUCAUGUUGAUUUGGAUGCUUGGAGUGUGCCAGAGGUUCUGAGGCCCUUGUAUGAGUCCCCAAAAAUUUUAGCUCAAAAAUUGACCAUUUCUGCUCUGCGUCAUAUUAGACAGAUUUCCCAAGAAAGUAAUAGUGAAAUAUCCUAUGCUGGGGGUCGUCAACCCACUGUACUAAGGACUUUCAGCCAGAGGAUGAGCAGGGGCUUCAAUGAUGCUGUAAAUGGGUUUCCUGAUGAUGGCUGGUCUUUAAUGGGAAGUGAUGGUGUGGAGGAUGUGACAAUUGCUAUCAACACUUUCCCUAACAAGCUUCUUGGUGGUCAUUCAAGCUCUUCUUUGUUUUCUUCACUGGGAGGUGGCAUCUUAUGUGCUAAAGCAUCCAUGCUUCUUCAGAAUGUGCCACCUGCUUUACUAGUUCAGUUUCUGAGGGAGCAUCGGUCAGAGUGGGCUGAUUCAGGUGUUGAUGCUUAUUCAGCUUCUUCACUGAGAGCCAGUCCUUAUGCUGUUCCUGGUUUGAGGGUCAGUAAUGGUUUUUUGGGCAGCCAUGUUAUUAUUCCCCUUGCUCAUACUGUGGAAAAUGAAGAGGUCCUGGAAGUUGUUAGGUUGGAAUGUCCUGGAUUCAACCAGGAGGAUGUUCUAUCCAGGGACAUGUAUCUGUUGCAGCUAUGUAGUGGUAUUGAUGAGAACGCAGUUGGUGCCUGCGCACAGCUUGUAUUUGCUCCCAUAGAUGAAUCUUUUGCAGAUGAUGCUUUCCUGCUUCCUUCGGGGUUUCGAGUGAUACCCCUCGACGUGAAAACAGACCCGCCAUCUGCUACAAGAACACUUGACCUUGCUUCUGCUUUAGAAGUUGGAGGAGGUGGCACUGGAAGAGCUCCUAAUGAUCCAGUAUCAUAUCCAAGCAAUUCAAGAUCAGUUCUGACCAUUGCAUUCCAAUUUACAUUUGAGAACCAUCUCCGUGAAAAUGUCACCGCAAUGGCUCGGCAAUAUGUUCGAAGUGUUGUGGCCUCGGUGCAACGGGUCGCCAUGGCAAUUUCUCCCUCUCGACUUUGCAACCAAUUAGGAAUGAAGCAUACUGCUGGUUCACCUGAGGCUCACACCCUGUCGCUGUGGAUUUCUCGAAGUUACAGGUUCCAUACUGGAGUUGAACUCAUUAGAACCGACUCUCAAGCUAGUGAAACUCUGAAGCUCCUGUGGCACUAUUCUGAUGCAAUCAUGUGCUGUUCUCUCAAGGCUUCUCCAUUGUUCACCUUCGCCAACCAAGCUGGACUUGACCUGCUUGAAACCACUCUGGUUGCCCUCCAAGACAUUUCGCUCGAGAAGAUACUCGAUGACACCGGCCGUAAAGUUCUUUGUUCCGAGUUCCCUAAGAUAAUGCAGCAGGGCUUUGCCUAUCUGCCUGCUGGCAUUUGCAUGUCAAGCAUGGGGCGGCCGGUGUCCUACGAGCAGGCCAUCGCUUGGAAGGUCCUAAACGAAGAGGACUCUCCCCAUUGUCUGGCUUUCAUGUUUGUUAACUGGUCAUUUGUUUGAAGGUCAUUUCACUGCCACCUAUCUAUUUUAUAAGUUAUAUGUAGUUGCUGUAAGAACAUAGAACCUCAGAGCGUUUGUUGCUUCUAUCUAUUUCGAUCCUCAUGGACUUAGGUGGGUGCCUUUUUCAGCUCUUUUGGCGUUGUGUGGUGAUUGUAGUAAUGAGCUGAAUAUAAACUAAGAUUGGCACUUGUUUUGUAUUUUGGUUUUCUUCAACUUGAUUAACAUGAAGGAACUAAGUUCUCUAUUUAGUUGGAGAAUUCUGUGAAAUUGAAAUGUUAAGAGACGUGCA